CCCCCCCCCCCCCCCCCCCACAUUCUGGAGCUGGGAAGCCGUUUGAGGACGCUGUCAAGUUCCUCUGCUGCAUUUAUUUCUUCAUCCAAAACUGUCUCCUGCGCGGCCAGUCAUCGCCUUUUCUUGCAGAAGAGCCGACUUUCUUGGAGAAUCAGCUUCUGGGCAUCUGAUUCCUGACGGUUCUGGAGGUGGGGUCGUCUUGUUCUUGGGACCCGGAGAGCCGGCGGGGUGUGGGGUCGGAGUUGUUGGCCGGGAACGUGAUGAAGUAAGGAGACUGCUGCUCUGUUUGGGUUGUUGGCUUCAAGGAAUCAUCAUGGGCCGGAGGAAGAAGAGUGGUUUUAGCGUUGAAGAGGCGAUACGGUUCUUGAACUACUUGAAAGUUGAGAAGCCUCUUUUCCCGCUUCUGAUCUCUGUGAUAUUGCUGGGUUGGGCUGUUGAGAGGUGGGUCUUCUCCUUCUCCAACUGGGUCCCACUCGUCGUCGCGGUGUGGGCAACUAUUCAGUAUGGAAGUUAUCAGCGGCAGAUACUCGUGGAAGACUUGAACAAGAAGUGGAAGCGGGUCAUCCUACACACUUCGCCCUCAACUCCAUUGGAGCCCUGUGAAUGGCUAAAUAAGUUGUUGGUGGAAGUUUGGCCCGAAUUUAUGAACCCGAAGCUCGCCAUACGGUUCUCGUCCAUCGUUGAGAAACGUUUAAGGCACAGAAAAUCCCGGCUCAUCGAAAAGAUCGAGUUGCAAGAGUUUUCUCUAGGUUCUUGCCCCCCGAGCUUCGGUCUUCAGGGGACUCGCUGGGCAACUACAGGUGAUCAGAAAAUCUUGCGAAUGGGGUUUGACUGGGACACCAAUGAUAUGAGUAUUCUGUUGCAAGCUAAGCUCGCCAGGCCAUUAUACGGAACUGCUCGUAUCGUCAUAAACAGCCUUCACAUUAAAGGCGAACUUCUCGUGAUGCCAGUUUUAGAAGGGAAAGCUCUUUUAUACUCCUUCUUAUCUGUUCCCGAGGUUAGAAUAGGAGUUGCCUUCGGAAGUGGUGGAAGCCAAUCAUUACCCGCCACAGAACUCCCUGGAGUUUCUUCUUGGCUGGUCAAGAUUUUCACCGAGACCUUAGUUAAGACCAUGGUGGAACCUCGGAGACGAUGUUACUCACUACCUGCAGUCGAGUUGAAGAAAAAGGCAGUUGGUGGUAUCAUCUAUGUCAAGGUUGUUUCUGCAAGUAAACUUUCUCGAGGAAAUCUUAGAGGAAGCCCAUCAAGGAGCCAACAGAGCCUUUCUGCAGAUUGCCAUGCAGAAGAACACCUUAUUGAGGAGAGUAAGGAUCUGCAGACGUUCGUGGAGGUUGAGCUCGAAGAGCUAACAAGGAGGACUGACAUUAGGGUGGGAUCUGCUCCAAGGUGGGACUCCAUGUUCAAUAUGGUUUUGCAUGAGGACACGGGUGUUCUGAGGUUCCAUCUCUACGAGUGCACACCCAACAAUGUGAAGUAUGACUACCUUGCAAGCUGCCAAAUAAAGGUGAAAUACGUUGCAGAUGAUUCAACGUUUUUCUGGGCAAUUGGGCCUGAAUCAGGAAUAGUAGCCAAGCACUCUGAUUUUUGCGGAAAAGAGAUUGAGAUGGUGGUUCCCUUUGAAGGGGUCAAGUCAGGGGAGUUAACGGUGAGUCUCGUGUUGAAAGAAUGGCAAUUUUCUGACGGGUCGCAUAGCUUGGAAGGCUCGCGUAUUGCUCGGCAUUCUCUCAGUGGGUCGUCGAACCUGCUCUCAAGAACCGGAAGAAAAAUCAGCAUUACUGUUGUUGAAGGAAAUGAUCUGAUCGGAAAGGAUCGGAAUGGGAAGUGUCAACCAUAUGUUAAGUUGCAGUAUGGGAAGACUCUACAGAAGACAAGGACUGGACAUACUUCAAAUCCGACAUGGGGACAGAAGUUUGAAUUUGAUGAGAUAGGUGGUGGUGAAUACUUGAAGGUAAAAUGCUAUUCUGCAGAUAUGUUUGGCGAUGAGAGCAUUGGAAGCGCACGGGUAAACUUGGAAGGCUUGGUCGAAGGAUUGAUGAGGGAUGUGUGGGUCCCGCUCGAGAAAGUGAGUUCGGGUGAGCUCAGGCUUCAGAUCGAGGCAGUGCGAGUUGAUGACUACGAAGGAUCCAGGGGUUCGAUAAAUGGUUCCAGGAAUGGUUGGAUAGAGCUCGUCCUCAUUGAAGCAAAGGAUCUUGUUGCUGCAGAUCUUAGAGGAACGAGUGAUCCAUACGUUAGGGUCCACUACGGAAAUCUGAAGAAGAAAACAAAGGUUAUGUUCAAGACACUGCAUCCUCGUUGGCAUCAAACCUUAGAGUUCCCCGACAAUGGAAGUCCUCUUGAGCUGCACGUGAAGGACCACAACGCUCUGCUUCCGACAGCGAGUAUCGGAGACUGUGUCGUGGAGUAUCAGAGGUUGCCCCCAAACGAAAUGUUCGACAAAUGGAUACCCCUUCAGGGAGUUAAAAGGGGAGAGAUCCACGUCCAAAUUACACGAAAAAUUCCCGAACUGGAGAAGAAAACCAGUUUGGAUUCUGAACCAUCUAUAACUAAAUCGCACCAGAUCUCAAGUCAGAUGAAGCAGACGAUGGCCAAAUUCCACUCUCUGAUCGAAGAAGGAAAUCUCGAAGAGCUCUCCACAGUCACAAGUGAGAUGGAGAGCCUCGAGGACCUGCAGGAAGUGUACAUGAUGCAGCUCGAGACUGAACAGAUGUUGCUGCUCAACAAGAUCAAGGAACUUGGCCAAGAGAUGUUCAACUCAGCUUCACCUUCCUUGAGCAGGUCUUCCACCAGCUAAACUGAGGAAACCUAGUUAAUCUAUCGAAUUCUUUUAGAACCAUAGUUUGCUUGGAAAGGGCCAACUCCUGAGUCCUGAUCGGAACAUUUCAUACUGAUCAACAGACGAAUAAACAUUGUAGCAUACUGAUGAGUAACUCCCGUUGCCAUCCCAACCCAAGAUAUGCUUAUUGGUCUAUACAUAUUAACGAGUGGGAAUUGCCGAGGCAUUUGUACAAUUUAUGCCACGGAAACGAAUUUUUACCCACUGCUGUAAUUCAAAGAGUUCAAUUCAUCUA